CUGAUCGCUUUAACUGAUAUAACGUUUGAUAUGUUUAUAAUGUGAGUGAAAACCUGCGCAUUUGAUUUAUCAUUAAAUUAGCUUGUAUCACAAUAUAUUGACUGCGCAAAUAACAAAUGGCAAAAUAAUAACAGAAGCAAGUUAAACUGACAGAAUAGAGCGCAAAGAUGAUAAGCUGGGAGUGAAAAUGAGAUGGAAAAGGGAAAGAAGAACAAAAAAACAAACUUUUCCUUUCCAUCUUUUUUGCUCAUCAUAUCAUCAUCACUGUUAUUAGCUGUAUAACCUGUGAGCUUGGAAACGGUAAACAUGGUUAAGUUGACAAAAUUAUUAAAAGUUGAGUGAAGCAAAGAGCAUAAAGUUAAUUGUGAUUAACAACUUUGUGCUGUCCAUCCAACAGAUAAAUUAUUAAUAUCAUGGAAACUAUCUGGAAUAAAUGUUGCCUUUGUGUGUCUCUUCAGAAAGGAGUGAUGGGCUAUGGAAUCAUUUCAAUGCUUUACUACUGCAUGGUGGUAACCGGAGGAACCAUUUGGGCUUCCAGUGAUAAUGUUUUUGGUUUUAUAUCGUUAGGCUUUUUGGUGAUAUUUUUUUGCACCUUGAGCAUUUUAUCAUCAGUCCUACUCAUUAUUGGAGUUUGUGUUGAAAGUAGAAGAAUGUUUUUGCCUUGGAUAAUCGUCAUUCCCUGUACCAAUGGAUUGACCAUAAUUCAUACCUUUGUUAAUAACUCGAUGGAUAACCAUUUGGUCGAUGAUGAUUCACAAAAAGGAAAUGUUGCUUUCGAUUUUGUGAUCCUUGCAAUCUUCGCUUAUGGCAUUUUGUGUGCAAUCUUGUUGCACAGGAAAAUAUCUUCAACUAAAGUCUCUCAUCAAGGAAAGUUCAUUUUACCUGUUAAGCAAAAUAAUACCAUUUUACCUGAAGUGACCAAAAAUAAGUCAAAUAGUUCUCCAACACUGUCAAAGAACCAAGUUCACCAGCCACUUGUCAUAUUUUUCUUGGAAUCGAUUGAUUAAUGGAUGGAUCAUGAUUAAACAUGUUAAAAUGGCCAUUAAAUUGUUUCAGUUAUUUUCUUCUUUUUUCGCCUUUUUUCGACUUUUGCGACCAAUUCUCACCCAAAUUGUAAUUAAACAUUUUUUCAAACAAAAUUAAAUUUUAAUUGUCUCAACACAA